AUGCCUCCAAAGCGACAAGCAAUUGGCCGAUCUACACCUCAAGCACGGAAGAAAAGAGCAUUACGAGCCUCAGAAUCAGACGAACAACGAGCAUUAAGGCUAGAAAAUCUUCGAGUACAUGCCGCUGAGACCCGUUCGUCUGAAUCAUCUGAACAACAAGAAGUGAGGUUAGAAACUGAUCGAAUACGUACUACUCAGGCCCGUUCGUCUGAGACAACUGAACAUCGGGAAAGAAGGCUGCAAAAUGUUCGAAUAAGCACCGCUCGAUCAAGACGAACACUGCACGCUGAUUUAAAUCUUUGGGCAUUCCAUUAUGACAGUAAUAAUAAUUACAGUCUUCAUCCAAGUGUCAACAUUGGAAAAAUGGAUAAAAUUUGCAUGUAUUGUAGCGCCCUCAAAUUUAAGAGCGAAACGCCACGAAUGUGCUGCGCCAGUGGAAAAGUUAAACUGCCAGAAUUACCUCCACCACCCGAACCACUAUCAACGUUGCUAUCAGGUGCUACACGUGAGUCAAAGCAUUUGUUGGAAAACAUCCGCAAAUACAAUUCAUGUUUUCAAAUGACAUCGUUCGGUGCAACGAACAUCGUGCGCGAAAAUUACAUGCCAACAUUCAGAGUCCAAGGGCAAAUUUAUCAUCGUGUCGGAUCGCUUCUACCAUUGCCGGACGCAGAUCACAUGUUUCUUCAAAUUUAUUUCAUGGCCAACAGUGAUGAACAACACAAUGAAUUAGUUCAGUUGUUUAAAACCGCCAUUCAACGAAUGCCAGCCGAUGACUACGCAGUUGUAAUUCGAGCAGACAAAAGACCCGCUGCCCAACACGAAAGGCAGUUCAAUGCACCAACAAUCAAUGAAGUGGCGAUCGUGAUAAUUGGCGAAGAAUUCAAAUCGCACGACAUAAUUCUUCAUCGUAGAAAUGGUGACGUUCAGCGAGCAUCCGAAACUCAUCGCUCAUACGACGGAUUGCAGUAUCCGAUUCUGUUUUGGCGAGGAGAAGAUGGAUAUCCUUUCAGCAUCAAAAUGAAAAAUGCACCAACAGACGAGGAAACGAAUAAGAAAGUCAGUGCCAUGAAUUAUUAUUCGUAUCGAUUGAUGAUUCGUCAAGACGCUGAAAACCACAUUCUGAAAUGUCGACAAUUGUUCCAUCAAUACAUCGUCGAUAUGUACGCGAAGAUUGAAACCGAACGACNGACGGAUUGCAGUAUCCGAUUCUGUUUUGGCGAGGAGAAGAUGGAUAUCAUUUCAACAUCAAAAUGA